AAAGAUUCAGUGGAAGAAUGUUUAGAAGUUUGACUUUAUGAAGAUAUUCUCUUCCUGUUAGCCUGCUGCACGCGAUUCAAUGGAUGCUGCUAGCUACCGUUACCGUUAGCAUCACUCACAGCUAGCUUAGCCGGAUAUAAAGAUGAGAGAGUGAAGGUUUUAUAUUCAUUAAAGGAGCAAAGAGAAGAAGAAACAUCACAUUCACAUCAGACUCAGAGUUAUGGAGGAACAGUUAGCUGUAUUUAUAUCAUUCUAACGUGUUUUAGCUUCAAGGAGCUGUUAGCCUGGUUAGCUGUGCACCAGACUUCAUUCAUAAAAGGAGAGUUUACACUUUACACUGCUGAUAGGUUAUAAUGUGAAGGUGUUCAUCAGGCAGUUUCUGAUCCCAGAGCAGCCUGCAGUCUGUGCACAUCAGCAGGCCUGUACAGAGUCAGAGGAGGACCGAGUCACCUGUGCACAGACGGAGCAGAGACCGUGUCAGACUGCAGAUGGCGGGCUUCCUGGAUAACUUCCGCUGGCCUGAGUGGGAAUGCAUCGACUGGGGGGAGAGGAGGAAUGCCGUGGCUUCCAUCGUGGCUGGAGUUCUGUUCUUCACAGGCUGGUGGAUCAUGAUCGACGCAGCAGUGACGUAUCCUUUGCAGGAGCAGAUGAACCAUGCCUUCCAUACAUGCGGCGUCUUCUCCACCAUAGCUUUCUUCAUGAUCAAUGCAGUGUCUAACGGCCAGGUGAGAGGAGACACAUAUGGCGAGGGCUGUCUGGGCAGGACAGGAGCUCGUCUCUGGCUUUUCAUCGGCUUCAUGAUGAUGUUUGGUUCACUGAUCGCUUCCAUCUGGAUCCUGUUUGGAGGAUACGUGGUGCCAAAGAAAGAAGUGGCUCCCGGUCUGGCUGUUUUCUUUCAGAACGCGUUCAUCUUUUUUAGCACGCUCGUCUACAAGUUCGGCCGCACUGAAGAUCUCUGGGGGUAGAGUGUGUGUUUAAACACACGCACACACACACACACAGACAGUGAGAGUGUGUGUUUUUACUGGAGCUCUUCUUCUGCUGUAAAAUAUUUUACUUUGAACUCUUUAUGUGCUGUUAGAACCAUUGAGGGACUUUAAAUGAGGGACUGAUGUAGUUUCAGGUGUGUUCAGGUGUUACAGUGUGAGAUCACUGUAGAGAAUCAGCUGCUCGAAACAGACACUGGACCAUUUAGUAUUACAGAGGACGUGUGUGUGUGAAUGACCUGUCUACAGGUGUGUGUAUGACUGACCUGUCUACAGGUGUGUGUGUGUGUGUGUGUGUGUGUGUGUGUGUGUGUGUGUGAGUCUGACACUGUUUUUAAGCGUCUGUUUUGUCCUCUCAGCUCGUCUUUACUGAACUUAAACUUCAGGUGUAAAAACUGGUGUUUUGAAUUUCUCCUGUACAGAUUGUUGAUUUUAUUUUUGUCAUUUUGAGACGUUUUAAGUAUUUAAGGUAGAUUAAGUGUAGUGAGGCAGAAUGCUGUAGUUUCAGUAUUAAAGAACCCGUUCCCCCCUCCCUGUCGUCACCUGUAGACACAUGAACAAAUGCUUGUUUUUUUUAAUCUUGUGCCACAAAGCUUUGAGCCGCAUGGAGGAAAUAAGAGGGACCAACAUGAGGAAGAUUCAGGUCUGAUCCCAAUAUCUUUGUAAACUUCUGUCUGACCUGUACGGACUGAAAAACAGGAAAAUAAAGAACAUGUUUGGUUGGAGUUGAA